GUCGUCCUUCGGCUCCGUUUCGGCUCCACGUAGAGGGACAAAAUGAUUUCAGAGACCGCGAUCCACGUGAAGAAACCUAUUUAUGCAUUCAGCACGCAUCAUCUGAAUCAACAUCGUAUUAGCAAAGGUGUUCAUACAUCAUGCCGAAUCCCGCUCUCGAUCUCGCCAAGCGCGAUGACGUUUCGUUCCCAUACAUUUUCGAACAGAAUGUCACAAUUACACUGAAAGAUCAAUCAGGCCUAGUGCGAUGCAAUGUGUAUCGACCGAAGGAUGUAGAUAAGGUGCCUGUUCUGGUUACUUACGGGCCCUACGGCAAGGAUAUCCCCUAUAGGGAUUUCCACCCCAAGUCCUUUGCCGAGGUUAAUCCAGAACACCACUCGGAGCAUUCAGCCUGGGAAACCCCAGAUCCUGGGUUCUGGACGAAACAUGGGUACGCCAUUGUGCGGGCCGACGAGCGAGGAACCGGACAGUCCCGCGGCAAAUUAGACACCAUGUCUCGCGAAACCAGCGAGGCAUUCUUCGACGUGGUCGAAUGGGCGGCGGACCAGCCGUGGUCGACGGGUAAGGUGGGCCUGCUGGGUAUCUCGUACUACGCAGGAAGUCAAUGGAGAGUUGCAGCGAGGUCUCCCAAGGGACUUGCAUGUAUGGUUCCUUGGGAGGGAAUGUCGGACUAUUAUCGAGAUCGGUGUCGACAUGGAGGCAUUCUGAGCAACGCGUUCAUCAAAUUUUGGUGGGACCGCCAGGUGGUUUCUAACCAGUAUGGUCGCCCUGGGCGUGCGGCGCGCAACUGGGGUGUCGACACCAUUGAAGGCGACCUUCCGGAGGAGGAGUUGGUAGCCAACCGGCAGGACCAGACCAUUGACAACGCGAACAAUCAGUUCCGGGAUGAUAUCUACUACGCUAGCAAGGAGUAUACAAUGUCGGAUAUCCAGGUUCCGCUUCUUUCCGUUGCGAAUUGGGGUGGAAUUCUUCUACACCUACGCGGAAACGUCGAAGGAUACACCCAGGCCGGCAGUGAGCUCAAGUAUCUGCGAUUCAUUACCGGACGCCACGACCUGCCAUUCUACUACAGCGAGGAGGUUGAGAUCCAGCGCAGCUUCCUCGACGCCUUUCUGAAAGGCGAAGACCGAGCCGGGUGGUCCACCGGACAAGCGCCCAAGGUCGACCUCGUGCUUCGCAAAGGCGACGUGGGAUUCAACAACGCCGAGGCCGAGAAGCAAUUCCCUCGCCGCACGGAGAGCGAAUGGCCCAUCGCCCGUACACAGUACACGCCGUUCUAUCUCACCCCUGGAAGAGAGCUUGUGACGGAGCGGCCGGCAACGCGACCGACUAAAAUUACCUACCGCGCCCUGGGGAGUUUAGAGGAUCCCCAAGUGGUGCAAUUCACCACGGCACCUUUCGAGCAGGAGACAGAAAUCACCGGCCACAUCGUCGCGCACUUGAACGUAUCCAUGAGUCCCGAUCCGGGUGCCCCAACGCCUCGUGAUAUCGACUUGUUCCUGACUCUCCGGUACAUUUCCCCAGAGGGCAAGGAAGUGUUCUACACCGGCACGGCCGGCGACCCGGUGCCUCUCUGCAAGGGCUGGCAGCGCGUUAGUCUGCGCAAGGUGAACAGCGAACACCGACGUCACCGUGCCUGGCUGCCCCAUCGCGACUACUACUCGACGGACGUGCAGCCCGUGAUCCCGGGCGAGGUGUACCCAGUGGACGUGGAAGUGUGGCCUACGAACGUGGUUGUAGAAAAGGGAGGCCAACUCAUCUUCGAGGUAUCGUCUGGCGACACGCAGGGUAGUGGAAUCUUCCAGCAUAACUCUCCGACUGAUCGAUCGCUGGAGAAACUCCAGGGACAGAACCAUAUCAAUUUCGGACACGAGGACAACUACGUUACCUUGCCGAUUAUUCCGAGGGCGUAGGAUAGAUUCCG